CAGAGGGGGAGGGGAGAGAAAGCAAGAAAGACUGCUCUCUUGUGCUUUUGUUAGUUUUGCAGAAGAGGCAGAGAAACAAGAGAUAACAAAGGCUCGGUUUCCUUUCUGUUAGAGAAGGCUUUGUCUUUCCUUUUGCAACAAUGUCUGUGUCCGGCAAGAAAGAAUUUGAUGUGAAACAAAUCUUAAGGCUGCGCUGGAGGUGGUUCAGUCACCCUUCUCAAGGUUCGCCUAACACUGGAAGCUGCCUUCAGCAGGAAGGAUAUGAGCAUAGAGGGACCCCGGUUCAGGGCAGGUUGAAGAACCACUCUCGGGACAGAAACGGACUGAAGAAAGGCAACAGUCCUGUCCACUACAAUAUACCGACACCAGUGUCUGGACCGGCCGCUGCUCAUCAAAGAGCCCUUCAGAAUUGGCACCAGCAAAACCUAAUAGAACACCUUCAAUCAAAUAAAAAUAGUCCUAAAGGAGGAUCAGAGGAGAAUUUGCUCAAAGAAGAUUGUGAUAAACAUUCACAAAAUUUGAAGAUGAAGCCUGAUAACCACAAAGAAGAUUCUAAAGCAAGACUGUAUUCACAGUAUACUGAAGAAAUGAAUACCACCAGGUCUGAGGAGCAAUACCACGCUAAAAACCAUGCAGAGCAAACUCUCUGUAAAAUGGAGAACUACUUGAAAGAGAAACAACUGUGUGAUGUACUACUCAUUGCUGGACACCUCAGAAUUCCAGCACAUCGGUUGGUUCUCAGUGCAGUGUCUGAUUAUUUUGCUGCCAUGUUCACUAAUGAUGUGCUUGAAGCCAAACAAGAAGAGGUCAGAAUGGAAGGAGUAGAUCCAAACGCACUUAACUCCUUGGUGCAAUACGCUUAUACAGGUGUCCUUCUAUUAAAAGAAGAUACCAUUGAAAGUCUGCUGGCUGCAGCUUGUCUCCUGCAACUGACGCAGGUCGUUGAAGUCUGCUCCAGUUUCCUCAUAAAGCAGCUCCAUCCUUCAAAUUGCUUAGGAAUUCGAUCAUUUGGAGAUGCCCAGGGCUGUACAGAGCUCCUCAACGUGGCACAUAAGUACACCAUGGAACACUUCAUUGAGGUAAUAAAAAACCAAGAAUUCCUUCUGCUUCCAGCUAAUGAAAUUUCAAAACUUCUGUGCAGUGAUGAUAUUAAUGUGCCUGAUGAAGAAACCAUUUUCCAUGCUCUAAUGCAGUGGGUAGGUCAUGAUGUUCAGACUAGGCAACAAGACCUGGCAACGCUGCUUUCUUACAUCCGACUGCCAUUACUUCCAGCACAGUUACUGGCAGAUCUAGAAAAUAGUUCCAUGUUUGCUGGUGAUCUUGAGUGUCAGAAGUUACUCAUGGAAGCUAUGAAGUAUCAUCUCUUACCUGAGAGAAGACCCAUGAUGCAAAGCCCUAGAACAAAGCCUAGAAAAUCAACUGUGGGGUCUCUUUAUGCUGUGGGAGGCAUGGAUGCAAUGAAAGGUACCACUACAAUUGAAAAAUAUGACCUCAGGACCAACAAUUGGCUGCAUAUUGGCACCAUGAGUGGCCGUAGGCUUCAGUUUGGUGUUGCAGUUAUUGAUAAUAAGCUUUAUGUUGUGGGAGGAAGAGAUGGUCUAAAAACUUUGAAUACAGUUGAAUGUUUUAAUCCUGUUGCCAAAAUCUGGAUUGUCAUGCCUCCCAUGUCAACACACAGGCAUGGCUUAGGUGUAGCCACACUUGAAGGACCAAUGUAUGCUGUAGGUGGUCAUGAUGGGUGGAGUUAUCUAAAUACUGUAGAAAGAUGGGAUCCUGAGGGACGCCAGUGGAAUUAUGUGGCCAGUAUGUCUACUCCUAGAAGCACAGUUGGUGUUGUUGCAUUAAACAAUAAGUUAUAUGCUAUUGGUGGACGUGAUGGAAGUUCCUGCCUCAAAUCAAUGGAAUAUUUUGACCCACAUACUAACAAGUGGAGUCUGUGUUCUCCAAUGUCCAAAAGACGAGGAGGUGUGGGAGUUGCAACAUACAAUGGAUUCUUAUAUGUUGUAGGGGGUCAUGAUGCCCCUGCUUCUAACCAUUGCUCCAGGCUUUCUGACUGUGUGGAAAGAUAUGAUCCAAAACAUGAUUCAUGGUCAACAGUGGCGCCUCUGAGUGUUCCUCGAGAUGCUGUUGCUGUCUGUCCCCUUGGAGACAAACUGUAUGUGGUUGGAGGAUAUGACGGACACACUUAUUUGAACACUGUUGAGUCAUAUGAUGCUCAGAAAAAUGAAUGGACAGAGGAGGUGCCUGUUAAUAUUGGAAGAGCUGGUGCAUGUGUUGUGGUGGUGAAGCUGCCCUAAAGCUAUCUUUAUCAAAUAGAAUGAAACUGGAUAACUGCAAGAAGCAUAGUAGAAAAAAAGGGAGAAAGAAGUAAUAUGUUCUUUUCUAAAAUUAAUAAGCAAACUCGAAAUUUGUUUUGUCAUUCUAAUAUAUACUUCGAAUUGCUCUCAUUUUUGAAGCCGACAUAAGUUUUAAAUAUGAAUUGUAGACAAAUAUUAAGUGCAUAUUUUGUCAUAGUUAAUAAUAUAGAGAAAUCCAAUAGGCUAGGUUUAACCUCAUUAGUAUAAAAUGGUAAAAUACUUAAUGAAAAUUGUUAGUGAUCAAAGUGU